GGCCCUCUUUCUUACUAGAGAGAGCUCUAUUUUCUUUUCUCUUUCCUUUGCCUAUUAAACCUCUGCUCCUGAACUCCUGGUGUGUGUCCGUGUCCUAAAUCUUCUUUGUGGGAGACAGUGAAUCCUGGAUAUUUACCCCAGACAGUGACACCACUUCAAUUAUAAAGUUUGCCAACAGAAAGAUCUGGCCUUUAGUAAGCACUCUAUAAAUGAAUAAAGAAGCAUUGAAAACAAGCCUCGGAGGACAUCUGGAAUUUUCAUGCGCCAGAUUCGAGGUAUAGAAUUACUCCUGCAAUAAUGGCAAAUCUCACAAUCAUGACUGAAUUUAUCCUCAUGGGGUUUUCUACCAAUGAAAAUAUGUGCAUUUUGCAUUCGGUUCUCUUCUUGUUGAUUUAUUUAUGUGCCCUGAUAGGGAAUGUCCUCAUUAUCAUGAUCACAACUUUGGACCAUCAUCUCCACACCCCCAUGUAUUUCUUCUUGAAGAACUUAUCUUUCUCGGAUCUCUGCCUUAUUUCAGUCACAGCUCCCAAAUCUAUCGCCAAUUCUUUGAUACACAACAACUCCAUUUCAUUCCUUGGCUGUGUUUCCCAGGUCUUUUUGUUGCUUUUUUCAGCAUCUGCAGAGCUGCUCCUCCUCACGGUGAUGUCCUUUGACUGCUAUACUGCUAUAUGUCACCCUCUGCACUAUGACGUCAUCAUGGACAGGGGCACCUGUGUCCGAACAGCCACUGUGUCUUGGCUGUAUGGGGGUCUGAUUGCUGUGAUACACACAGCUGGCACCUUCUCCUUAUCCUACUGUGGGUCCAACAUGGUCCAUCAGUUCUUCUGUGACAUUCCCCAGUUAUUAGCUAUUUCUUGCUCAGAAAAUUUAAUAAGAGAAAUUGCACUCAUUCUUAUUAAUGUAGUUUUGGAUUUUUGCUGUUUUAUUUUCAUCAUCAUUACCUAUGUCUAUGUCUUCUCUACAGUCAAGAAGAUCCCUUCCACAGAAGGCCAGUCAAAAGCCUACUCUACUUGCCUUCCACACUUGCUGGUGGUUGUGUUAUUUCUUUCUACUGGAUUCAUUGCUUAUCUGAAGCCAGCUUCAGAGUCUCCUUCUAUUUUGGAUGUUGUAAUUUCUGUGUUCUAUACUAUGCUGCCCCCAACCUUUAAUCCCAUUAUAUACAGUUUGAGAAACAAGGCCAUAAAGAUGGCUCUGGGGAUGUUGAUAAAGGGAAAGCUCACCAAAAAGUAAAAGCUGUUGCUUUUUUUAUUUCAAUAAUAGAUACCAUUUAUAAUGUACACACAUUAAUUCUUCAUUUUUAUCUCUAAUUCUUAAAAGUAAAAAUUUAAAAAGACAAAUGGGAGCAACUAUUUUAUUAGAAAAUUUCCUUGGGCAAUUAAUUACAUUUUUCUAUUCUUGGGUAAAAUUCUGAAUUUUUACAAUAUGGAGCCAUUUCCCAAACCCCUUCUUGGGUGGUGUUCAUAAGCUGAUUUCUAGUUGUCUUUAAUAUAAUGUAAGAAAGAAUGUUUGUUUAGAACUUAUUAUCUCACUUAAAAACUCUUAUUAAAGAAGCAGCAGCAGCAAUACAAAACCCAAAACUCUACUCUCUUAUGACCUAAUCAAUUUGAACAUAAAAAUCUUAUAGAAUUCUUUGACAAAUUAUCCAUAUUUAUUCCUUGUGUUGACUUGACUAUUUAAAUGUCACUGAGAAGAAUAAAAUGAAAAAUGUGGUCUUACUCAAAAAUUAAUUUGAAUGGGAAGUUUUCUUUCCUUCUAUAUAGUCAUUUUGCAUUUUUGGUCAAAGGUCAAAUAGAAAAUGCAUAUUAAAUGAAUUUCGUCAGAGAAAGAUAUCAGCAUUCAAAGAAAUAAAGGAAGUGUGAUUGAAGGCAGAUGUCGACAGAAUUAUUAAUUUGUAUUGAUGUUUUAUUAACCGUAACAUGACUUUCCUAAUGCUCUAGUUACAAUGUUUCAAAGGUUCCCAUGUGUACAUUUUAAAUAGCCUUCGACUAUUUGAGAUAUUCAUUUUAAUUAUAGUUAUUUUGAGGUUUCCCCUUAGUCUUUAUUAUGGUAUUUUGAAGCCCAGUAUUAGAUUUUCUGCUAGAUGGACUUCCUUCUAGAUAUCUCAUACAUUGCUCAAUCUUUCUUCUACUAAUAGAUAUUUUUUCUUCUAUCAUAUAAUCUAUUAAGUGAAAUAAACUUGGAAGAAUAUAUGAAUUGUUUUUCUCUGCAGCAUCUGUACUACAAAUUUCCAGUUUCUUAAAUUACUCUUUGUGAAAUGUAGAGCUGUGUACUUAACAAUGGUAUUUUUCUCAAGCAAGUCUUUGGAGCACAUAAUUAUGUCUUCAAAUGUUUCAUAAUAUAUUAGGUCUAUGAAAAUAUUAUUUAAAAUUAUGUGUGUGUGUAUGUCUAUGUGUAUGUUUUUCACAAAGACUGAGUCCAUUCAAAUUUUAUAAUUAUAUUUGUAUAUUAACUGCAUGGGGUGUUUUUUUCAAUAAAAAUGUGACACAGAGAUUGCUUCCAUUUAUUAUUUGUUCAGCAUGCAGAGAAAUGUGCUAAUUUACCUUUUAAGUCAAUCAUCUAUUCAUGUAUUUUGCUUAUUUAUCUACUCCAUUGUAACAUUUGUGUUUAACUUGAAUAUGCUUUGAUAAAGUUAUAGACACUAACACCCACUACAUGUAAAUACUUUUCAUCUCCAGGUUUCUCUUUAAUUAUACUGAUAUUAUUUUUUACUAAAUGCAAGCUUUUAAUAAUUAUGGAAUUAAAUUUGUGAAAUUGUUUCCUUGUGAUUUUUGAUUGCUUCAAAUAGAUAAUUUCAUUAAUUCAUCAAAUUCAACACAUAUUUUUAUGUUAUUUUUAUUUGAUAAACAUAGAUGGACACAUGUGCACUGAGGUCAAAAUGACAUAGAUUUUGUUUUCCCAGAAGACACAAAGAAAAGCAGAAAAUGUCUUCUUGAAUGUUAAAAAACAUUUAUUAACCAAGCCCCUUCUUAUUAUAAUGAAUUAACACAAAUGACAAAUUGCCUCUUUCUGAGUAAAAAGUGAACACAAUAAUAUGUUUAGUUAUGACACAAUGGCACAUAAAACCCAGUGAGCAGUUGGUGUAAGACAAAACCAUUUGCUGCUUCAUUCUUAAUCAUCUCAACUAAACCAGUUCCCAAACAGGGAAUUUCAACACUCAGUGCAUUGUUUGCUUUGUAGGCAAUGUCGCCACUGUUCUAACUUCACUUUGACAGAGCAAGUGACAAUAUCCACGUGUUGCCAAUCUUUUAAAAUAGGCAUUCACAGGAUUGUUACAAGGAUUAUAUCAUUAAUGCAUGUGCCAAUAAUGAGUCUUCAGCAAAAGCUGAUAAUCAUUAGUUAACUAAUUUGCAUUGAGAAUUCACUACUGGCCUGUUGCCAUGGUUGACACCACUAUUUAUUCUGAAUAUACUUAUGAAGAUUCUAUAUAGGAGGCUCUGUGUGACAUGAACUGAUGAUCUUCAAACAUGAUUUUCUCAAAAGAAAACAAACUAACAAGGAUUAAAUGCAACUGAAUAACUUCUGUGCAUUAAGCUUUGUCCCAUAUAAUCAGAGCAGUGCAGCACCAGGUACUGGCUGAGGGAUUGUCUUCACCAUGAUCCCAUGAGCACAGCAUAAUCAAAACAGCACACAAACUUCUUCUUAUAAGCUCUGGAUACCUGUUCAUUGAAGUCACUGAAAAAUAAAGUGGUUUUCUCAAAGCAACAGAGUCUCCUUUCAGAUUUUAACUAUGAAAAUGGUUGGGAGUGGAGUGGAAACACCAACAAUUUAUACUAUCAUAUUUAUGCCAAUACAUGUUAUAAUCAAGAUCUCAAAAAGUUUUAUGUAGUGAUGUAUAAAGUAUGAAUAUAAGAUGAUGUUAAAAUGAUAGAAUUAAAAUUUAAAAGCAUAAGAUAAAUUCACACAUUUAUAAUAAUCAGCUUAAAACUAACAUUAGGAUACAUGUCAUUACUUCACAGAUGCAUUGAACCAGGCGCACAACAUUCCUCAUUUUCACUAUGUCUAGGAUAAUGACAACUAGACGCUGUGGCAAGUUGGGCAUGUUCAUCUAGGGUAAUGGAUCUUAGAGUGGUAGAUGUUUCAACAAAAGCAGCAGAGAGUGGUAUAGCCUCUUGGAAUAAAAUUCAAAACAACUGGUCAACUAUUAGGGGAAGGAGAGAAUGUGAUCUAGAGCUGGUAGAGAAACAGCAAGGUGGACCUUGCCCUGCUCCAGACUGAGUGAUGUAAGAGAGCGAAAGAGAAAGCAGUGUCCACCUAUGUGGCAGGUGGAGUUCUCUGGACACAGACAUUGAAAGUGACUUGAAUGCGCUUUAGGAAUGUGGGGAAAAGUGAAAGAAAGGAGGAUUGCACAGAAGGAGGAUUCAGGAUACUUCACCCUGAUCAGGGCUGGGGAGCGAGCUUUGCCCACCCCAGUUAUUCCUCCACCUCUAAAUCCCUCAUUCACCAGUGGGCUGUCCCUGAGGGACAUGUCCUCCUUCUUUAAAGAGGCCCUGAAGAUGCUGACAGCCUCAACCUGUCUGAUGACCUCACUGCAGCUCGGCAGUGAGUCCUUCUUCCAGGGGGUGUCUACCACCGUCGUGAGAGGGCUGCUGGGAAGGUUGCAGGCACCAUGUUUCCAGAGGAGCAAAGAUACUGAAGAUCUAUGGGAAACAUGCAAUUACCAUAAGUUACAGAGGCCAUGGGAGACAAUAUUCAGCACUUGGGGAGAGUAAUAAAUGGGUAU